CCAGUCGGACCACCAAUCAAUCGAAGCCCAACUUCACACACACUCUCGACACUCCCCUCUUCCAGUCGAUCUGUUAUCAUCAUCAUCAUCAUCAUCAUUCAUCUCGCUUUUCUCUCUUUGCUUUUUCGUUGAUCUCCUCCCAACUGUCCUCUUGAACAGUCUCAAACCCAAUCCACUUGCCUGGCUCUGUCCUCUGCUGCCAUUGAAGCUUAGUUCCGUUUCGAUGCUGCUCCAAGCUCAAUCCCUGACGACGACCCACCUGUCCCCUUCCCCCUCCCUCUCAAAACCCACAUCCAGAAACGGAUUCUCCCCCCAAAAGUCGGUCUCUUUCCGGACUAGGACCCCCUUCGAGGCCAUCAAAUGCUCGGCUGCCACCGAGGAGAGAACCCAUGUGGCGUUGUCGAGUGUGAAGCCAUUUCCGGCCGAGGUCUCGAGGACAAUCAUGGAAUUGUCCUCCAAAGGCACCCUCUCGACGUUGACUGAAGACGGUUGGCCUCUCGGCGUCGGCGUCCGGUUUGCCGUUGACCCCAAUGGGACUCCGGUUCUGUGCUUGAACGGCUCCGACGGUCAGUUCCCAGUUGACCGGAGGUCUAGCCUUAACGUUCAGUUAGAGCAAUGUGGGUUGAGGACUCCGCAGUGCACGAUUCAGGGCUGCAUCGUGAAGCCGGAAGACAGGAUGUUUUUAAUGAGGCUUCGUUCAGCAUGGACAAAGAGGUUUGGGGAGGAAGUAGAAGAAGACCUCUUAUAUUAUGUUGCUGUAGAACGGGUUCUUCAGAUAGAGGACUUUAAGGAGGAUGGCAUAUGGGUCUCAUCGUCAGAAUAUAAAAGUGCAAGUCCUGAUCCUCUUCGGGACUCUGCAGAGAGUAUCGUGAAUGUGAUAAACACUAAUAAUAUGGAUGAUGUUCACCGCUUCUGCAAUGUAUAUGUUGACUUGGAUUUCCUGGUCUCGGAGGCGAAGGUGAUAUGGGUUGACCGAUUAGGCUUUGAUGUUAGAAUAUCUUCAUCUGAGAGAGGUAUUUUCGAGGUCCGCAUCCCUUUUCCCAGAGAAGUUACAGACGAGAAGGGAGCAAAAUCGUCGUUCAAUUGUAUGUCUCAACUGGCCUGGGAGGUUGAAAAGCAUUUCCAGGUUCCCGAUUUUGAGAAGGUGAAGCAACUCAAGCAGAUAUCAUGAAGAGAAGAUGGUCCCCGUAGGUUUAUUCUCCUUUUCAUGGAUUUUUUGCCUUAGUGUUAACUCAAGAAAACAUUUAGUUGUAUGAAUUUUGCAGACUCCUGCAUUUGAUUGUACUGGGUGAUCAAUUCACAGAAAAAAAAAAUCUCUCCCCUUCAGGGUGGGUUAUCUUUGCUCGGAAA